AUGUCUGCCUCCACGGAACGAAGUCGACUUCGCUUCGCUAGAACUAGCGCCGAGGACUCUGAUAUUCUGACUGUGAAGGAUCUGGCUGCGGUAGGUGCAAAGCGGGUGCCCCAGAUUUAUAAUGAAUACUUCAGCGGAGGAGCCGGAGAGGAGGCUACUGUCCGAGACAAUGUGGACGCUUUUGCUCGGUACAAGCUCAGACCACGAGUUCUCAAAGAUGUUGGCGAUGUGGAUGUGACGUGGAGUCUCUUCGGUAUCAAGACCGCCGGUCCUUUUGGUUUCUCUCCCUCUGCCGCACAUAAGCUGGCUCAUCCCGACGGCGAAGUAGCGACAUCCCGAGCCGCGGCGGCCAAUGGCAUUCCAAUGGCGCUCUCCUCCUACUCAUCGACGAGCCUCGAAGAUGUCAUUGCUCAAGGAAGCGGCAACCCCUACAUUAUGCAGAUGACCCUAUUUAAGGACUUGAGCGUUUCCGAAAUGAUCAUCAAACGCGCUGAAGGCACGCCAAACCCGGCUGGCUAUAAGGCGCUCUUCGUCAGUGUCGACCUCCCGAUCCUCGGAACGCGCUUACAAGAACACCGAAGCAAAUUCGAAUUCCCUCCACAUGUCACAUUCCCGAAUCUUCAAGACCCCAAAGGCGAACGCGAGGUGACUUUGGAUGACCUCGACUACAACCCCCGAAUCACAUGGGAAAAGGAAAUUGCUUGGCUGCGCGCGCGAACAGAGAUGCGAAUUUGGCUAAAAGGAAUCUACACCUCCGACGACGUUGAGCUCGCGAUCCGAUACAACUUGGACGGCGUCAUCAUUUCCAACCAUGGCGGCCGACAGCUCGAUGGCGUUCCUUCCACGCUCGAUGCCCUCCGAGAGUGUGCGGCUGUCGGGCGCGGCAGGAUUCCCAUCGGAUUCGAUGGCGGCAUCCGUCAUGGAAGUGACAUAUUCAAGGCGAUUGCAUUAGGGGCAGACUUUUGUUUCCUCGGCCGGGUCUGCGUAUGGGGCCUCGCGUACAAAGGAGAAGAGGGAGUUGACUUUGCGGUCAAGCUGUUGUUGAAGGAGCUCAAACAAACCAUGAUGCUCUGCGGGUGUCGUACAAUCAAGGACAUUAAAGCGAGCCAUCUAUCGGUUUUGCUCCCCAGUGGCGUACUUUCUAAGCUCUGA